AUGAUGGAUGCAAGUUUCGAUAAAUAUCUGGGGCUCAACGUUAAGAUGUUGGGAUGCAUGGGCUUGGCUGUCAGCUUAAACAACCGUAAAAUUAACUACAAGUAUUUUAUUUUGGAAAAAUUGCCGACUCUUUUGACAACUGUUUUGGCGCUUUUUGAGCUGUUUUGUCGAUUUCAAAGUAUAACGCGGUCCUGGAAUAACGAUUUCAGCUUCGCACUUCAAAUGCUCUCUUUUCUUCUUAGCUCUUUCAUCUGCGCUUUCAAGGGUUUUCGUAUAGCAAUGGCAAUAAAUAGCAUAAGAUCGGUACUACCAGAGAUGGCUGAAAUGUGGCAAAAAUAUCCUCCUCGAGAGCACCGUCUCAAGGCCAGAGUUUUGAGCAGCGCUGCGAGAUCGCUCCUAUUUUCCAAGUUAUAUUUUUUUCACGUGGUCCUUGGAAUAGGAAUCGCUGCGCCACCUGUACUAAAAUUUUUUUCCAACUGCUUUACCUCCGAAGUCAUGAACGAGGCCUGUGACUUGACUGUUAGAGUUUAUCUAGUGGAGUAUCCUUUUGAAAUAAAUAGUAGACUACUGUACUUUGUCAUCCUCGUGAAAGAAGAGUGGAUGUUUUUUAAUUCAGCCUUUUAUUGGGCUUGCUGUGAUACAUUGUAUAUUCAAUUCGUUACCCACGUCAUACUGCAAUUAAAGAUAUUAAAGUUUGAUAUAAAUGAUGUACUGAAACAUGAAAAUGAUGAAAAACAGGUGACAGUAUAUUUGAUAGGUUUUAUCAAAAGACACCAAGUUAUAUUAAGAUUUUGUCAUCAAAUUGAAAAAAUAUUCAGUCCAGUUCUAUUUGUUGCUAUGAUUACAUCGUCGGUCAACAUUUGUCUCGCAAUUUUUGGAGUACAGGAGAUAUUCAAAGCAUCAAACUACAACGACAUAGCAACUUACAUGUUUAUUUUAGCCGGAGUGACUUAUCAGAUGUUACUCUAUUGCAUCUAUGCAGAUUCUUUGACCCAAGAGGCAAUGUUAGUAGCCAACGCAGCGUACGGCAGCGAUUGGGUCGACAAAAACCACAAACUAUGGACGUAUUUACGAGUACUAAUGCUGAGAUCUCAGGUUCCAGUAAAUUUCACAGCCCUCGGAUUCUUCACGAUAAGCUUGAGGAGGCUAACGAUGAUUUCCAAGGGAGCUGUAUCAUAUUUCGCGAUGCUGUCGGCACGUCACUCCUAA